CAGCAAUCACGUAACCAAUCAGCCAAUCAAAGCGCAUGUUGAUUACAAGAUCUGUCAUUUGCCUGGAAAUUUUCCUCGUUUUUAGAUUUCUCGUCCGGAAAAUUUAAUCAUUUUUCAGUGAAAACUUUUCCUGUAGAGAAAAACUCAGCAAAAUGGGUCAAAAGAACAAUAAUUUCAUCGAAUUCUUCAAGAAUAUCUACUACGAUGACUAUAAAUGGGCGCUUGUGAAGAGCGCUUCCCUGUUUCUGGUCGGAGUACGUAUUGCCAAAGAGUGUCAAGGCUUAGAGCUGAUGCCAUCGAUUCCACAUUAAUCCGAGCUGUUACCUGUUACUAAAUAAUUAAUCUAGUUUUAAGUGCCGGGUGUUGAAAUGAAAUAAAAUUACGCGAUAGUGGUCCAGAAAACAAAAUGGAAUCUGUUCCUAAAAUAUCACUCGUCUUAUUUAUGCUGGUAUUUGGUACUCAUAGUUCCGAGGAUGCUCCUAACAUUGUUUUGAUACUAACCGAUGAUCAAGACAUUGUCCUCAAAGGAAUGAAUCCGAUGACCAAAACACAGCAAUUAGUAGCCAAUAGAGGUGCAACUUUCCUAAAUGCUUUCACAUCGUCCCCUAUUUGUUGUCCAUCGAGGAGUUCCCUGCUGACUGGGCAAUAUGCACACAACGUCAAGACUUUUAAUAAUUCCGAAAAUGGUGGCUGCUAUGGAUCGUACUGGCGUGAAACAGUCGAACCGACGGCAUUUCCGGUAUUGCUGCAAAAGGCGGGAUACCAAACUUUCUACGCUGGUAAGUAUCUUAACGAGUACUAUUCGGAAGUUGUGCCGCCAGGAUGGGACGAUUGGCACGGACUGCACGGAAACUCCAGGUACUAUAACUACACCUUGAAUGAAAAUGGUCAAAAAGUAUCGUUUACUGAUGAGUACCUGACCGAUGUACUGUCCAAUCGAAUAGUGAACUUCAUAUCUAACAUCAAACCAGGAACCCCAUUUUUUGCUAUGGUUGCUCCACCAGCUCCGCAUGAGCCUUUCACCGCUGCCGAGAGGCAUCAGAACAUGUUUCUCAAUGAGACUGCGCCCAGAACCAUGAACUACAACUUGCCUUGUGGACCGCUAGAGAAACAUUGGUUGAUAACGAUGCCGCCUUUACCACUGCCAGCGGAUAUUGUUGCAAAUAUAGACAUUAUUUACCGUAAACGCUGGCAGUCGCUCCUGGCUGUAGAUGAGAUGGUGGAAUCCAUUAUGUCAAUUCUGGAAAAAAGAAAAGUAUUAUCCAAUACGUACAUAAUUUAUACAUCAGAUAACGGAUAUCACAUGGGGCAAUUUGGCCAGGCGUACGAUAAGCGCCAGCCCUACGAAACCGACAUACGUGUUCCGCUCCUAAUGGCUGGACCAAAGAUAACCCCAAAAACGCUUGUAGCAAGUCCAGUCGCUCUCAUUGAUAUUGCGCCGACUGUUUUGGAGUUAGCUGGCUUGGAUGUUCCCGAUCUGUUAGAUGGUGCUUCUGUAUUGAGUACGCUGGAAGAUGCGAUGGAAAUUGAAGAACGGCAACUAUUGAUAGAAUACUGGGGAGAAGGUACCCCGGAGACUUACAAUCCAGAUUGUCCCUGGCAGAAAAAAGACAAACUUUCGCUGUGCACAGUGGAUAUCGGAUGCCAUUGUCAGGAUUCGUGGAAUAACACAUUCAACUGUGUACGCCAUUUAGCCAACGAUUUAGAUAUUAUCUAUUGUCAGUUCAAAGAUAAUGAGCAUUUCACCGAAGCCUACGAUUUGGCCAACGACAUGUAUCAAAUUGAAAACGUGGCGUAUGAUUUACUGCCAUCGAUUCGAGCAAAGUAUGACCUCGCUCUAACUAAUCUCACGCAAUGUGCAGGGGCGACUUGUAGACGAAUUUAUUAGUUCAAGAUGCGGAUAGUGUAACAUUAUAAACAUAUUUUUUUGAAUCUCACUACAUAUUUGUAUGCUAUUUUGUUUGAAAAUAAAUCAAAUAAAAACUAUUGUUACCAAUUGUGAAAUAUGAAAAAGAA